GCGGAAACACCGCGAGAUCACGAGUGUUGCUCUUCUACUUCCUCAGUAUGUAAACAUCGGAGACAGCGGGGCAGUAUUAUUGUAUUAUUAGGUUAUACUGCAAGUCACCGGCGUAUAUGCAAUAUACAACGUAAUAACGUUUGUAGGUGGCAGGAAAUGAGGAAAAAAAUCCCGAUCGAAGGGAAAGUCCCAAGGGGUUGUACGCGGUUUGGGAAUGGGUUACAUUCCUUGCUGGUCUAAAUGGAGAAUAAAGGGAGCGACGAGGUGGAAACAUUGAAGACAAAGUUCUUGUCUGUGUGGCACAAUGUAAAAUACAGUUGGGCUCUAAAGUCAAAGACCUCAUUCAGUAGAAAUUCCCCGGUGUUUCUUCUCGGAAAAUGUUACCAUUUUAAGGCCGAAGAUGACGACAGAGAAGCCUUUAACGAAGCCUCCGACGAGGACUCCGUCACGGGGAACGCUGAAGCUUUCCGCAAGGAUUUUGCAUCUCGAGUGUGGCUGACCUACAGGGAGGAGCUCCCGCCUCUGCCCAGCUCCCCCCUGACCUCCGACUGCGGCUGGGGCUGCAUGCUGAGAGCCGGGCAGAUGAUGCUGGCUCAGGCACUGACCCUGCACUUCUUGGGUCGAGACUGGACCUGGUCGGAGACGAUGUCGCUCCAGCCUUUGGACGCAGAGACGUGGACUGCCACCGCGGCGAGGCGUCUGGUGGCCUCCCUGGAGGCCUCUCUUCAAGGCUCCCCCGGGGCCUCCGAUCAAGCCUCGCCACCCACGCACCAAGCCCCCGCCCGGGGAUCCGCAGAGGAGGCAGAUGCUCAUUUGAAAGAGAUGUACCACCGCACCCUGGUGUCCUGGUUCGGAGACAGCCCCUCGGCAGAGUUAGGCCUCCACAGGCUGGUUGCCACGGGCCUGACUAUGGGCAAGCAGGCAGGGGACUGGUACGGGCCUUCUGUGGUGGCACACAUCCUCAAGAAGGCUGUUGAGGAGGCGAUGGACCCCGGCUUGGCGGGCAUAACUGCGUAUGUCUCCCAGGACUGCACAGUGUACAGUGCUGAUGUCAUCGACAGCCACGCGGCACCGGGCGCGGCCGAGGGAGCCGAGGCUCCUCCGUCCCCGCAGAGCGAACAGCCCGCUUCAGUCUCAGCCUCGGCGGCGCCAGGCGCCCGAGCCGUCGUCAUCCUCAUCCCAGUGCGGCUGGGGGGGGAGAAGACAAACCCUGACUAUUUUAACGUGGCAAAGAGCAUACUGAGUCUGGACUACUGCAUAGGCAUCAUCGGCGGGAAGCCCAAACAGGCCUGCUACUUUGUAGGAUUCCAAGAUGACAGCUUGAUUUACAUGGACCCUCAUUACUGUCAGUCUUUUGUGGAUGUCAGCACCAGCGAUUUCCCUCUCCAGUCAUUUCACUGCCCCUCACCGAAGAAGAUGCCUUUCAGCAAGAUGGACCCGAGCUGCACUAUAGGUUUCUACUCUAAAAGUGCUCAAGACUAUGAGAGAAUAAGCCAAGAGUUGUCAAAGGUGCUGCAGCCGUCGGCGAAGGAGAAAUACCCCGCGUUCGCUUUUAUGCAAGGUCACGGCAGAGAUUACGACCUUUCGGCAGGCCUGACCCCACAGGAGAGAGAAUGGCCCUUCAUCCGUGACCCGCGCAGGACGGUCACCACCACGGGGGACUUUGUGCUGCUUUGACACUGCUGCGUAAGAGACUACUGACGGGGGAACUUCCUCUUUUAAUGAAUCCAACUGCUGAGAUCCUCGUGAUUGAGCCUUUUGUGACACAACAGAAGUUAUGGGACUUUUUUUUUUUGCCGCAUUACUUGGUUAACACAUCGCGGAAACUACUUAUCGUAGUAACUUUGGCUUGGAAAUGUGAGCUUGAGCAACAUUUGUUUUAUAUAGUCAUAUGAAGGAGAUGAAUACUUUCUAUUUUCAACUAUAUAUUUGUCAUAAAAAUUUCAGCGGUUUUAAGAGACUUAUAUUCAAUUUUUAUGAGAUGUGUUGUUGGUUUCAUUUAGUGUUUGUCCAUUUCAAAAUCCUUUCACGCUGCUACAUCUACGGUAUUUGCAGUUUUGUUACCUGUGGUUAUUCUUUAUGUGGAUAAAUGUGGAGUAUUCUAAAAGAUUCAAAUGUUAUGAGUCCAAUAACUUUUCCAAACUUCGGUGCCAAAUAAUGAAAACAUAAUGGUUUCUUAACCCUUCACCCGACACCUAGCAUGUGGAAGGGCACUUUCUUUCUGAUGACAUAAUUGUUUGCUUGCAUUAUUUUAUUUAGAUUGGUAUUGAUUUCUGAUUAAUGCAACACAAUGCAAGUGAGCAGGGGUGACAUUUGGGAAAUGGAAAAAUUUAUCACAUCUCAUUAAGUGCUAUCUGUUAUGAAUUACCCGUUGCAAUGUAAUUUGUAAUAUGUAAGAUGAUUUAACAUAUUCCUACGCACACUGAAGUCAAAACAUAAAAAAAAGAUUUGGGGAAUUAGAAAAUAUUUCAAUUAAUUUGCUACCAAAAAAAAGACGUUUGAUUUUCCAAAUCAAUAUUGUGUGCAAUUAACAAUUUUUGCCAAUUAGUUCAAAGGAUUCGUAUCAUUUCAAACCAUUCCUUUUGUAUUAUAAUUACAAUAUGUAAUUGAUUUUACAUUUAAUGUAAUCUUUAAUUUAAUGAGAACAAAGAAAAUCAAAAUGAUCUGUUUCUGUUCCUUUACAGUAUCCACACCUUCAGGAGCUAGAAAUUAACAAGUACACUAUUAAUACAUGUUUGGUUGCAAAGCUUUGUUGCAUUUUGAUUCUUCAUUCAAAAAAGACUGAAAUGUAAUUUGUUUGAACAAUCUAAUAUGUUUAAUAACGUAUAGUAAUGUCCAAUUAUUUUUUAACACCGACGGGCAGAAAAG